UCCUUUAGUGCCAGUAAAGUGUUUUUUUUUAUACUAUCGACAUAAUCAAUUAACUUUCUAUAUAGUUGUUGGUCCCAAUGGGUCUGGAAAAUCAAAUGUGAUUGAUGCUUUAUUGUUUGUGUUUGGUUACAGAGCCAACAAGAUGCGUCAAGGAAAACUAUCAGAACUGAUCCAUAAUUCAGCCAAACACCCUGACUGUACAACCUGUUCAGUCGAGAUUCAUUUUCAAGAAAUUAUAGAUGGAGAUGGAAUGAAUGAAUAUACUAUUCAGCCUAAUUCACAGCUUGUUAUUUCCCGUCAAGCCAGUCAUAACAAUUCUAGCAAGUAUUUUAUCAAUGAUAAAGCAAGCAACUUUACAGAAGUGACUACGCUUUUACGAGACAGGGGAAUUGAUUUAGAUCAUAAGCGAUUUUUGAUCUUACAAGGUGAAGUUGAAUCAAUUGCAUUGAUGAAGGCAAAAGCAAAAGAUGGCAAUGAUGACGGGUUGUUGGAGUAUUUAGAAGAUAUUAUCGGUACAUCGAAAUACAAGGAUCGUAUCGAAGAAGCAAGUGGAAGAUUAGAAGUAUUGAAUGAAGAGCGUGCAGAGAAAUUAAGCAGAGUCAAAUAUGUCAGUCGAGAAAUGGAUGGUAUGGAAGAGAAAAAAGCAGAAGCAGAAAACUAUUUGGAAAACGAGAACGAAUUGACACGAAAAAAGAAUGAAUUAUACCAAGUUUAUACAAGUGAAGCUAAAGAAAACACAACUGUUGCAAAUCAAGCUAUUGAAGAAUUAAGUGCUAAACUGGAAGAAGAGGCGCACAAGUUCAAAGCAGUUGAACAAGAAAUAUUAAAAAUGAACAAUGCUCAUCGGGAUAUUGUCAAAGAGUACACAGUUAUUGAAUCAGACACCAAUAAAUUAAUAAAACAUCAAACAAAAGUGGAAAAAGACCAAGUACAGACAAAGGAAAAGCGAGAGCAUCUCAUUAAAAAGCAAGAAAAAGGUAAAGCUACACUAGAAUCUGAUCGCGCUGCAAGAAAUGCUGCUCAGGAAUCCAUCAAGAAAAACACAGAGGAAUUAAAACAGCGGAGAGGAGAACUUGUUGAACUUGAAAAGCAACUCAAGGAAGAGGAAGAAAAACUUGAAGAGAUCAAUCGUGAACUCAAGGGAAAAACAGAUGGAUUUCUAGCUCAAAUUGAAGAGCAUCAAAAGAAACUGGCACCUUGGACAGAAAAGAUUAACGAAAAGCAAAAAGCAAUUGACGUGAAAAAAUCAGAAAGUGAAAUUUUGGCUGAGCGCAUUGUUUCUGGUGAGAAAGCAGUAGGAGAAGCUGAGGAACAAGUCAAGAAGCUAGAAGAAACCAUAGCCCAAAAAAAGAAAGAGACCAAAGACUUGCCCAAGAAGAUCAAGGAGCUCAUCGUUGAAAUCAAAGAACUUGAAAGUUUUCUAGAAACACUCCAUGAUAAAGAAACAGAAAAACGUAGAGCUAUGAACGAUGCUCGUCAAAAAGCAGACGAAGCAAGAGCAUCUAUGCAACAAUCUCAAAGCCGUGGCAAAGUACUCGAUAGCAUCUUGAGAAUGCGUGAUUCUGGUCGCAUCAAGGGUAUUUAUGAUAGACUGGGUAGUCUUGGUGUAAUUGAUGAUCGUUAUGAUGUGGCUAUUUCAACAGCAUGCAGUGCACUUGACAAUAUUGUCGUUGAGACAGUAGAGGCAGGUCAGGCAUGUAUUGAAUAUCUCCGUAAGAACAAUUUGGGUCGAGCUGUCUUUACUGUCUUGAACAAGCUACGUGAGCAAGAUCUAGACGAGAUUGAGACACCAGAAGGUGUGCCUCGCUUGUUUGAUUUGAUUGAGCCCAAGGAUGAAAAGUUUAGACCUGCUUUCUAUAGUGUGCUUCAAGAUACAUUGGUUGCUCAAGAUAUGCGUCAAGCCAAUCGAAUUGCUUAUGGCAAAAAGCGUUGGAGAGUAGUGACCAUGGAUGGUAAAUUGAUUGAAAAAUCAGGUGCAAUGACAGGUGGUGGUAAUCGUCCAUUGCGUGGGGCUAUGAGCUCAACAUUUAAGAACGAUGGCGUCAGUGCAGAAACUGUAGCAGAGCUAGAACGAGAAAGAGAUCGUCUUGAAAAAGAAUAUAGAAAUGCUGUGGAUGAAAAGCGAGCAACAGAUGCUGCUUUAAGAAAAAAGAAAGAGCAGUUGCCCAAGAUUGAAAUGACGCUUGAAAAGCUCCAAAUGGACAUCAACAGCUUAGAGAGUCAAAUCGAAGAUGAAAGAGAGCGAUUAGAGGGGCUCCAAGCACAAACAAAGCCAAGUCCUGCUGAUGUAAAACGACAAAAGCAAAUAGAAUCAGAGAUAAAGAAACUGGAAACAGAAAUGGCAAAACUCAAAGAAAAGACAGUUGAAAUUGAAGAGACGAUUAGUUCAUUGCAUGAAGAAAUUUUGGAAGCAGGUGGUAUGGACUUGAGAUUGCAAAAGAUCUGUGUCAAUGAUAUCCGUAAACGCAUGGAUAACUUGAAUACUCGUAUCACAAAGAAUAUGGUUGCUAAAACAAAGGCUGAAAAAGAUGUCAAUAAGUUCGAGGCUUCUAUUAUCAAAUUUGAAAAAGAAAGCGAAAAGUAUGAGCAUGAUCUUGACGAACUAAAUGAAGAGGUUAAGCAAUACGACAAUGAUAUGGCUGACAUCAUAGCCAAAGUCGAAGAAGCUAAAAAGCGUAUGGAAGAAAAGAAAGCAGAGAUGGAAAAGGUCAAGAAAGAACUUGAUGAAAAGUCAGAAUCUAUUAAUAAGCUUCGUGAAUCUGAAGUUGAUAUCAAACAUAAACUGGAAGACUAUAAACGCACUUUGAUAGACAAUCAAAAGAAAGCUAACCAUUGGGAUGAACAGAGAUCAAAACUGGUAUUACAACGUAUUGAUGAAGAACCUGAAGAAGCAUUGGUUUUGCCUAUAUUUCAAGGUGAUGAACUUAAGCAGUUAAUGCAAACAAAACAAGCCAUCAAGAUGGAAAUUGCAGAAAUUGAAACUUUUGUUCAAAAUGCAAAGCCAAACUUAUCUGUGCUUGAAGAAUAUCGCCGUCGUCGUACCGAGUACAAUCAACGAAAAGGAGAUCUUGAUUCUGUUACUGCAAAAAGAGACACAGUAAAGAAUGAAGUAGAAACUCUUCGAAAGAAACGAUUAGAUGAAUUUAUGAGUGGGUUCAAUAUUAUUUCUCAAAAAUUAAAAGAAAUGUAUCAGAUGAUUACUAUGGGUGGCAACGCAGAACUUGAGUUAGUAGACAGCUUAGACCCCUUUUCAGAAGGCAUUGUUUGGAAAAAUAUUUCUAAUUUAUCUGGUGGUGAAAAGACACUUAGUUCAUUAGCACUCGUCUUUGCACUUCAUCACUUUAAGCCCACACCUUUGUAUGUGAUGGACGAAAUUGAUGCUGCCCUUGAUUUUCGUAACGUUUCUAUUGUAGCAAACUAUAUUGCAGAACGAACGAAGAAUGCACAAUUUGUGAUUAUCAGUUUAAGAAACAACAUGUUUGAGUUAGCUGAUCGACUGGUUGGCAUUUACAAAACAAACCAUUGUACAAAGAGUAUUGCUAUUAAUCCAAAUAUGAUUGCAACACUCACUUCUAUACCAACAAAUGCAAGUCCUGCAUCCAACAGACGAUCAACCACUCAAUCACAAAGCUCAAUAGAAAAUGACAUUGAAAAGAAUACUAACAACAAUAAUAGCAAUAAUAGCAGCGAAAUUCAAGCAUCUUCUUCCUCAUAGAAUAUAAAUAAAGCAUUGCGGUAUUGUAUGCCAA